AUGCAUAUAAAUAAAAACGUAAAGACUUCUUCAGGUCAGCAAUGUCUGCCAGCUGCUGCUUCAGCACUUGAGCUUCGAGAGGUCCAGGUCCGCCCUUCGGUUCCUUUAUCUGCGCAGACGCACUGGCAGCAGUCCUCUAUGCCAGUCAUCAAUACAGAUCCCAACACUGUUUGCGCUCGCAACAAGGAAGCUGCCGUCUACAAGGAGUGCUGCGGAGACCUUCGGGAAAACGCACCUCGGGAUCAUCGGGCACCACACGAUUCCACCAUUUCGUACCGAUUCCCAUCGUCGUCUGGGAGUCCGUCCCCUCCCCCCAUCAUACCAUCGUCGCCCGAUCUGGCGCAUCAAAACCAACCCGGGCCCUCCAACCCCUACCUCGCCCUCCCACUGCCUGAAGACGAGAUCCCCGACCUCGACGAACUGCCCUCCGAACAACCACCCUCGCCCCCACCUCACACGUCUGCCCCUACCAUGUCAGGGCAUCACCGCAUCACCCUCGCCGCCAAUCCCCCCUACUUCGAUGGCGACAAGUCCAAAUACCUGGGCUUUGUGGACGCGUGCACCACUUACAUCGGUGCCUAUCGAUCGGAGUUCUCGCAGGAUGAGACCAAAAUCCUCUUUGUCCUCUCCUACCUCCGUAACGAGAACGGCACGAGCUGCACUGCCUCGAGAUGGGCAAUGAACUGGAAGCAGCACAACUUCGAGGGCUUCCAGGGACUGAAGGCAGGAGUCACAUCAAAGAACUUCCUGGAGGAGUUUCAGAGGGCGUUCGGGGACUCCAAUGCGGAACAAGUCGCCGCUGCUCGGCUUAUGGCCCUGCGCCAAAACAAACGGUCCUUCGCGGACUACAUCUCCGACUUUGAGAUGUUGGCCGCAGAUGCAGGCUACAAUGUGGUCGACACCACCGACGACAAAGGCGAAUACAAGAAGGGGGACCAGGAUAAUAUCCUCAUCGAGUUCCUGGAGCGCGGACUCAGCAGCGAGAUCGCCAGCCGUCUCUACAACACCGGUGUCCCUCUGCCCAAGGCCUAUGGAGCGUUCAAAGCCUGGUGCAUCAACAUCGAAGCCAAUGCUCUGCGUGACCAGCUGCGCAAAGCGUCGUAUGGGCACCCCGCACAACGACCACCUCCCCAGUUCCGUCCCCAAGCGGCACCAGUGGCGCCCGCACCCGCUCCGGCCCGACCCGCUGCCAACGAACCGGUUCCGAUGGAAAUCGAUCGUACCCACGCCCGCGGCCGCAAUAUCAUCUGCUACAACUGUCAGCAGCCGGGGCACAUUGCGCGGAACUGCCCGGAACCAAGAAAGAAGCGCACAUUCUUCAAUCGGGCCACGAUGCUUGAAGAGAUCGAGAACGGGGACAAGGACAACGAGUUCCUCAAGGAGAUUGCCGAGAAGCUGCGCGAGAAGGGUUUUUGA